GCCCAAUACUCUCCAAAGAAUUGCUACCUUCAACAAUCCUAGGACUCUUUGCUACUGUAUCAAUAAACUUUGCUAGUCAGACAUGAAAACCCUCAAUGGUAAUAUAAUAACAAGAGGUAAAUAUAAAGGAUAUAAAGAUAUCAGAUUCAAAAGAUGUGCAACAUCGUGGAGACAUACAUCUACAUGUUCAACUUGUCGCAAUUGUCAGCAUAUGCCCUUUUACCUGUCGUGUUUAGCUGGUUCUGUAAUUAAUCGUCGAAAUGUUGAGUGGUUCCACAAUUUUUCGAAAAUUAGUUUAAGAGACGAAGAGGAAAACGAUUUUAUAACUAAAUAUAAUAACACUUUCCAAAGCAAUGAAUACAAUUAUGUGUUCAGUAGAAAAAAAUAUUACAGCACAUGGAACGAGGAGCUAGAUGAAUUGUUGGAGGAGUUAAGUGAAAUUCAUCCUGAUAUACUUGAAAUGGGGACGAGAGAAAGAAAUAUUGGCAUUAUUAAAAGUGACGAAAGCGAUGAAAAUGAUGAAAAUUCAUUCAAUGAUAUAGUUCAGGAUUCAUUGAAACCCCAAGAUUUGAAACAUGUGGAACCAUCAAAAAUCUUACAUUCAAUUUCAUUACCGGCUCCUUCCAAGAACUCAGUGCUAGGUAGAACAUUGACAAACGAUCUUAGCGGUAGAAAUCCAGCUCGACUUAGCAAAAAAUUUAGAUUAUCAAAGCGAAACGAAUCGGGUUUCAAUCUUUUUUCAAGAGAAAAGAAAAGUUGGCUAUUACAAUUUCAAAAGUAG